AUGACUUUUUUCAUCGUGGCUAAUACAUUCGUCAAAAUUGAUCCCUUAGCGCUUGAGGAUUGUGCGAGCGUAAGCAACGCAAAAGAUAGCGUUUGCCAAAGCUCCAAACAAAAGGGCGUUGGUGUCAUAGGUGCACCAAAAGAAAUAGCUUGCUGUAUUGAAGACCUGGGUUCCGCUCUACAAGACAAAGUGAUUUUGGCACCUGCAGAAAGUAGCCACCAACUUGUGCUUCAUGCCAAGCAGUCUGAAGCCAUGUCCGGUGAUCAGAAAGUGCUGUUAAAAGGGCAUUCGUCUCAGUAUGUCAAGCUAAAUGUUGGUGGUCGCUUAUAUUAUACUACAAUCGGAACACUGACGAAGCAUAAUGAUACAAUGCUAAGCGCUAUGUUUAGUGGUCGCAUGGAGGUGCUAACUGAUUCAGAAGGUUGGAUACUAAUAGAUCGCUGUGGAAACCAUUUUGGAAUCAUACUGAACUUCUUGCGCGAUGGCAGUGUCCCAUUACCCGAAACUAACAAAGAAAUAGCUGAGCUACUUGCAGAAUCAAAAUACUACUGCAUUACCGAGCUUGCAUUGUCAUGUGAACGGGCACUAUAUGCACACAUUGAGCCAAAACCUAUUUGCCGCAUUCCAUUGAUAACUUCGCAAAAAGAGGAACAACUUCUAAUCAGCGCGUCUUCGAAACCGGCUGUUAUUUUAGUGGUGCAGCGACAAAACAACAAGUAUUCAUACACAAGCACAUCCGAUGACAAUUUAUUAAAAAAUAUUGAACUUUUCGACAAGCUUUCUCUGCGUUUCAACGAACGCAUUUUAUUCAUCAAAGAUGUUAUAGGACCAAGUGAAAUAUGCUGCUGGUCCUUUUAUGGGCACGGAAAAAAGGUUGCUGAAGUGUGUUGUACUUCUAUAGUUUAUGCAACUGAUCGAAAACAUACUAAAGUGGAAUUUCCUGAGGCACGUAUUUACGAAGAAACACUUCAAGUGUUGCUAUACGAGAAUCGAAACGCCCCUGACCAAGAUCUAAUGCAGGCCACAUCUUCUGUACGUGUGGGGGGUGUUAGCGGAACAAGCAUGCAUCAGUAUACAAGCGACGAAGAGGAAGAGCGAACUGGACUAGCGCGGUUGCGAUCAAACAAACGGAACAACCCCACAUGACACGCAUAGGUUUUUUAUAAACUUAGUUUUGAUGGCGUUGCCUAUCUACAAGUUCAACUCGUUGCUGACUUCUAGCGUCAGUAAAUGUAUAAAACGCGAUCGGAUGUAUAGUUCAUUAAUAUAAUUUUUUAAAUAAAAAUUAACCCUA